AACCAACGGAACUGAUAGUCAAUGUUCCAGAUGAAAUGGCAACUGACAUUCCCAGCAAUCUACUGAAUUUCCCAACAACUGGAAAUCAAACUCACUGCUCUGAACAUCAACAAGAAAAACAUGGAAACCUCAGCAGGCUGUGCUGUUCUUUGAUACAGUAGCAAAUGGAUUGGAUGAGCCUGAUGACCUUUCUGAGUACGUGCUUCAAGGAUUCAUUUGCUCUCGUGUCCAGACUUUCACCAUAACAAGAAUUAAACCUCUCAUCAGAGCUUGCAGACGGUCGAAGAAAGGUGGUUCUCAAGGAGACACCGCUAACUUGCAUGUGGAACAACAUCAAAGGUGAAAGUCCUCAAGAUUUUGACAACUAUCCAUCAGAUAUGUUGCUGUAUUACAGCUACACCAACAUGCAACAGACCAACUGCAGAUCCUACUUCAUUGAAACAGGACGAGCAGACUUCUCUGCCCUGUCCAGCACGUUGGAUGGAAGAAAGGUUGAUCUACUGAACAAUGCCAAAAAGUGCCUGAACAUCAAAGGGACACAGCUCAGUCAAGAUAAUGUCGAGGUCCUGGGCAACAUGGUAUGUGCUCUGGAUGAGGGCUACAUUCAGAGCUCUGACUCUUACAUCCUGGAGAAACUAAAGAACUCCAGUGACUUCUCCGAUCAGCAGAUUAAAGCUAUGGAGACUGUUAUCUGCAGUGGCAACACCACAUAUGGAAACCCAAGCACAUGGACUGAAAAAACUAGAACAGCUUGACAUUCUUCCAUUGUACUUGACAGAGAACUUCUGGAAACACAUCAG